AUGGCAACUCAGUGCGUCGCCAAGUGCGGUGGAUAUCGCUCGCUGCGUGCCGAAUGCGCUCGUGACCCGUGUUUGGCGCAGGGAAUGUGUAAACUGAUGGAUGUGGGCAUUAGAGACUGCGCCGAAUGGUGUUGUGUGGGCCGGGGCGGCUACGUGUUCCUCACAGUUCUCUUCUUCUGCGGCGGAACCUGCGCUCUGUUUAGUAUGUACUACCUUUGGCGUCUUCACCGGGCCAAUGUCGCCGCGGGGGCCGUCACAGAGACUGGCGAAAAAGUAGAGGUCCCCCCCGAGUCGGACCCCCGCGCAGUGGCGGCGCAGCAGCGCCGGAAGCGCCAAGUCACGGUCGACCCGGAACUGCUUAGGGCCAUCGGCCUCUCGCCGCCAGAAGACGAGAGGCAGGGCGUUGGGCGGUAUCGCGAAUGUUAG